AUGGAGGAGAUGCUGAUGGAGGAACAUGCUGUGGAACAGCAGAAAGCUCUCAGCUCCCGUCCCCCGGAGGACACUGCCUUUCACCAGCGUGUACAUCGGAGGCUUCUCAAAGCUGAGCUGCCCGAAUACAUCCUGGACCUUGGCUAUGUUGUUCCUGGUGACAUCCACACACACAUGGUGAAGAUCACCAACACUGGGCACUUCCCUGCAUCUUUCCGUGUCGAUGGAUAUGUCCUGUAUAACACAGGCUUCAGCGUGUGCCUGGAGCGUGUGAAGCGCCUGCCCUCCUGUGAGAGCAAGACAUUUGAAGUGUGCUUCGACCCACAAAGUGCCAACCUGCCCCUGGGAAAAGUGGAUGUGCUCCUGCCCAUCAAGGUCAGAGGAGGCCCCACAUUCCAGGUCCGCCUCCGUGCCAUGGUGGCUGAGCUGUCCCUCUGCGUGUCCAGGGACAGGAGGUAA